AUGACAUCAAACACAGGAAGCUGUCAUGGGACUCGCUAUGGUGUUAUAGUUUGCGAUAACCACGAAAAAUGGGGUGGCGCUUCAUCGAUAGGAAAGCGCUAUGUCGACAUCUUCAAAAGCAAAUCUGAGGCGGAGGAUUGGCGUAUUUUCGCAGCUAUUGAAGGCGAGGUACCUUCCAAAGGGGAUUUAGAAACAUUUGACGGCUUCUUUAUCACAGGAAGUCCCCAUUCUGCGAACGAUGAUAUCAAGUGGAUCAACGAUUUGAAGGAAUUUAUUUCUUCUUCGGCGAAUUCAUCCAAGUCUCGUAUCAUAGGUGUGUGCUUCGGCCAUCAGUUAAUUGGAGCCGCUCUGGGUGGUCAAGUCACGGCGAAUCCAUCGCAGAAAUUCGUCCUGCAGAGCGAAGAAGUCAAAACAGAUAGGAAUUUUCGAGGAAAUAAAGCAAUAAAAGAACUAAUCGAAGGCCUUGAUGGCCCUCUUCGCUUGCUGGAGUGCCAUGGUGAAUGUGUAGCGACCCUACCCCCCGGAGCUACAAAUCUGGCGGAAUCAGCAACUUGCCAUCAUGAGAUGAUUCAAUUUACAGAAAACAUCUUCGGGAUUCAAGCGCAUCCAGAAUUUACUGUGCAAGAUUAUAAAGAUCAUCUGAUCCCUGACUUAUUCCGUGGCGGUAAACUCGACGAGAAUGGAAAGAAACUUUGCGAAGAGUCCCUUCUUCUACCUCUAGAUUCAUCUAAGAUGGCGGCUGCCUUGAAGAAGUUCCUCUCGAAAGAGGAUUCUUAAAAUUUCGAUGACAGACUCUACAAACCGAGGAAAAUGGUUGCAUAGUUAGCCAUUUUUUUCUUUUUUUUUUCUCUGUUUAAGCAAUAAAAGAAAACACUUUUACCUUUAAGGGGACUAAGGUAUUUGAAAUAUCAGGAGUGUAUGUAAAAUUUCUCCACACGUUUUUAAUACUCUAACCAGGGGCUAAAAAGCAAGACUUGAUCAAAUCAUCAGGGAGCAAAAGGUUGAACAUGUACUUUUAAAUAAGGGGUUAAGGUGCUGUAGUAGAGUAUGUUAGGGUACUUGGAAUAACUGGUGAUAUUAAUUUUAAACUAACAAUGCUAGUCUGAGUGACAGUAUUUUGAUUAUCCUUGUAUUGAUAAUUUUUAUGUUGAUAAUUAUGAGUCUUCUCCAGUGUUACUGGUUUGCCCUUCACUUUUUUGCAAGAGAAGACUAGGAGUUUAGUGCUCACUAAGAAUGUCAACAAUUUUAAAAGUGGUGAUAGAGUAUUCUUAAGGGUAUGAGUGUGUUUGUUUUUUCUUUAAGCAACAAUAUAAUUUUUGCAAAACUGGGCAAAGUGCCAAUAAUUCAAUCAGUGCCGUUGUAGGUUAUUAACUGUAGACUAGUAAUGUCAUUUCACACUGCAAAAACUCAAAAUAGUGCAAGGGUGAAAGUUUGGGUAUUGAGCUGACAAAUAUUAACAAUCCUCAGAAUUCAAUUAGGUGUUAGGUAUUUUUCUAAUGGAUAUUCAUGGGACAUCAAGCCUCUAUUUUAAUAAAGUAUCAACCUUAAAUGUUUCUCAUCAGCAUGGUUUGUUUUAUUAUUCUUCUAUUUAUAUAUUAAUUCUAUGUUACUUUGUUUUAUUAUUCUUCUAUUUAUAUAUUAAUUCUAUGUUACUUAUGGUUAGAUUUUUGUAAAUCCUGAGUCUUGUUCCAACAAAAUUACUUUUCAGACAGUCUCUGGGAGAAUUAAGGCUUGUUUUGAAUGAUUUAUAGCCUGUGUCAAGCUCUUACUAACUAUUGGCAAUCAAGCUAAGACAGUGACAGAGGUGUGGGAAAUUAUCCUUGUCGUGAUACUUGCACAGAUUCUACACAUUUUUGGUGGUUUGGACCCAAACUAUGUCACUCAUUGCAUCUGUUCUUGGUUGCUCUAGUUGUGACUCCUUUCCUGGGGUCUGUAAAUAAUCAACUGGCAUGCCUCCUACUGUAUGGGAAUUUUUACUAAUGUAUGUUAAUUCCGAAUAACUGGCCUGAAUAGACAUACCUGGGAGUGGUCAAAUAUAAAUACUAACAAUUUCCAAAUAAGUACUAAGGGAAAUGAUUGUCAUUGGCAAUCUUUAAAAGAAGAAACUGUUUGAGGGAAAAAACCCUGGAAAAUUCAGACUUACAGUUGGUUCAGACCUGUGUCUUAGGGAUAGGAGUAAGAUGCUACCAACAGAGCUACAGGCAUGGGUUUUGGGAGGGAAUAUUAUCACAGUCAACUAUGUCAAAGGCUACAUUUUGACAUCGAAUUUGAACUUCACUUUUGAGGAUCACUUCAUUCUUUGCUAUCAUCCACAGGUGAAAAUAUGGUUUAUUUCAUUUAUUUGUGACCAAAUUCCUCUGUUCAUGCCUGAAUACUUUGAAUAUUUAGACUAAUAACCCGAGUUGGCAAAAUCUAAGAGGAAAUUUCCCAUCAACAGGAGCCCAGUAAUCAUAUUCCCUCCCAUCAGGUGAUCUAAAUAAUACGUAAUCGUAUGCGAAGACUGCGUGACAACUUUGUGACGUACAUAACUUGCUAUCGACGACAAUCACGCACUCGGUUGUAACAACCGGUGUUUUGCGUCACGUGAGGAUAAAUUACAUUGCUCUUGAACAAAGCAGUGAAUUCUGAAGCAAUGGAACAGAAACGAUUUGCGGUUUUGAUCUGUGAGGAUGCAGAGAAGUGGGGAGGAAGAGACGUGAUGCUCAAACGUCAUGUUGAACUUUACCAUCGUGAAGAUGAUGAGGAAUGGCGUGGGUUCAAUGUUUGCGGUGGAGAAGUUCCCACAGCUGAAGAUCUCGAUAAAUAUAAUGGUUUCAUCAUCACAGGAAGCCACUAUUCAGUUCAUGACGAUAAAGAAUGGGUUCGAAAAACCGAGAAAUUUGUAGCUACUUUGGCGGAAAAAUCGCCUUCGAAGCGUUUAGUUGGUCUCUGCUUCGGCCAUCAACUCGUUGCCAAAGCUCUAGGUGGAGUUGUAGCCAAGAAUCCUUUGGGAAAAUUCGUUUUACAAACCGAGAGGGUGAUGGCAGCCCACAGCAGCAGCGAUACAAAUUCAAUUGUAUCUAAACUGUUCGAGAAAGGUUCUUUAGAUUUGCUGGAGUCACACAGCGAAUGCGUGACAGAACUUCCCCCAAAUGCUAAGACCAUCGCUAGUUCCAACACUUGUGAACACGAAAUGGUGUUAUUUGCUGAUAACAUACUUGGAGUCCAGUUUCACCCUGAAUGUACAGCGGAAGAGUUUGAGGAAAAAAUUCUUCCUUAUUUGAAAAGUGGGAAAGUGUUCACAGAGGAAGACGUUUUGAAAACUAAAGAAUCGUUUAAAAUUCCUCUAGAUUCCACCAAAGUGAAUGAAGUGCUGAAAGACUUCCUGCAUCAGUAG